AUGGGCCUGAUUUUGGCGUAUUUUCGGAAGCCGCGAUUGGAUUUGGCGAGAAUUCGAAUUGUUUGGUGUGAUCAUAUUUGUGAAGAAGAUGAGUAUUUUCAAAAAGUUAUUCAUCGACUUUGCAAACGAAAUGAAGCAAUUCGAGCAGCUAUGCUUUCCUCAAAUGCACAACAUGCUGAAAGUGAAGCUGAAGAAGAUUUUGUAUUGUCGAGUUUGGCUGAUCGAAUAUCCACAUUUUUUCAUAAUUUAAUCGAAGAUGAUAUAAUUGCAAAUGAAGAGGAAUUGAAAAGAUGUUGUUAUGAUAUUGGAAGACAACAUGCGGCUUAUGGAAAGAAACGUUUUAAGGUGAGAAGAUUAGGGUACUGUAGGAUAAUUUUGGGGUUGUUAAAUAAGAUUCUGCAUUCUAAUUAUAGAAAUCAGAAGUCUUUUAAGAAAAUUUAAUUAGCUAAUUUAAAAAAUUUUCUUUUUUUGCUUGAAAAAACGCAUCUGGAAAAUUUUCAAAAACAAAACGUAGAAUUUUGGAAAAUUUUCAAAAAUCUGGAAAAUUUUCUGGAAAGUUUUGGAAAAUUGUCAUCUGGAAAUUUUUCAAAAACGAAACGUAACGCAUAUUUCAGAAUUUUGAUUUCAUUUCAUGAAAAAUUCACUGUUUCAGAAAAAAAUAACUAUUUUUUGGGUUUUGAUUGUUUUCUUGAAUCUCGCCACUUGUUAACAAUGUUUUCAGAUAUCAUUCUGGGAAGAAUUCACAUUGACAAUGAUGAAUGUUCUCGAAGAAAUUUAUCCAACAACAACGAAAGAGGAACAAAAAGCUUGGCACGUAUUUCUUCGAUAUGUCAAUGAAAAUAUGCUUGAUGGAUAUCACGAUGCUUUGACCUAUAAUGAUAAACCUACUUGA